AUGGCAAUCAAAAGUAUUGAUCAGAAGGACGUUUCAAAGAUAACCUCUGGUCAGGUUAUAAUUGAUUUAAAGUCAAUAGUUAAAGAAUUGGUCGAAAAUUCCAUUGACGCAAACAGUACUAAGAUAGAGAUCAAUUUCCAGAACUAUGGAAUCGAUUCCAUUUCUGUCACUGACAACGGCAAGGGAAUCAAAAAAGAAGACUUUGAAUUCGUUUGUCUUAGGAGUCAUACCUCCAAGAUAUCUGAGUUCGAAGAUUUAGAUAAACUAUCUACUUUAGGCUUCAGAGGAGAGGCACUAAAUUCGAUAUGUUCUGUAUCAUCCAAAGUCAAAAUUGUUACAUGUACUGACUACCCGAAAAAUCACGAAUUGGAUUAUGACAAAGCUGGAAAAUUAAGCAAAUCUGUGUCGAAAAUCGGAGGAGGUUUUUCAAAACAGACAGGAACCUCUGUAAGUAUCGAGAAGAUAUUCUUUGACUUACCAGUUAGACUUAAGAAUUUUGUGAAGAAUUCCAAGAGGGAAUUUCAUAAAGCAAUAAAUUUCCUUACCCAAUACCUAUUAAUUUACCCAGAAAUCAAAUUCAGUGUUUUCAAUGUUGUGAACUCAAAGAAAAGUUUGGCCUUGAGUAGCAGAGGUGGUUCUAAGUCCACGAUUUUGGACAACAUGAUCACUGUUUUUGGUGCAAAUGGUGCAAAGGGGUUGGUUGAAUUGAAAUUGUUGAUUAGUGAGGAUAUCCAAAUUGAAGGGUACAUAUCAAGCUAUUCAUUUGGACUUGGCCGCCUGGUGACUGAUCGACAAUUUAUGUUCAUAAAUAAACGACCUGUUAUGUUGAAAAAGUUGUCCAAAAUUGUCAAUGAUGUGUAUAAAUCUUUCAACCAUAUGCAAUAUCCAAUAUUCAUAUUGAAUAUAGCUAUCGAUCCACUGGCCCUAGAUGUUAAUUUGACUCCAGACAAAGGGAUGAUAAUGAUCCACCUGGAGCAAGAUUUGUUUGAAAAGAUUCGGUUAGACUUAAUUGGAUUCUUUGAGAGUCAAGACAAUGUGAUUCCUAGGAAUUUAGAGCGGCAUGAGUUAAACAAAUCCACUUUCACUAAAAGAGAAAAGAAGCCAUCAGUUCAGAACAUAGAGCCAGAUUCUGACAUUGAAGAUAUCAAAUUACCUCUUGCUAAGGAAAUGGGUGAAAGUAGUAUCGCUACAGAGUCUGAUACAAUUGUACAAGAGAGCUGUGCUUCCGGACUUGAUAACAUCAAGGAGCAUUACCAAGAAUCUAAUGUAGUGGAAGAUGGACAGGAACACUUACUUCCAGAGCAUGAGGAAAGCUUGCAAGUAGUUACAGUCGUUACAGAUCCAGAAACCAGCAAUAUAGAUCAAGAACAGAGGAAUACUUUCGAAUUAAUCAACAAAGAAAGAGAACAAGAUAUCGGCAGCCCAGACGAUGACGAGGAUCAACCAAUUGAAGGUAGGGAAGAUGUUGAUACUAAAGAAGAGGGAAAUGAUCAGAUUAUAGAAGACGAUAGCAAGAAUUUAGCAUCUUCCAAAUAUUCGCCGAUCAACACUCUUGCCCCAGAAUAUGAUGAUCAUAGAAAAAACUAUCAAAUUACACAACAAAAAAAAUGUUUGAUUAGAAUCAACGAACAGGAGUUCGAAGAAAGCCACAACAAGAGAUUAAAGAUUGAUAUGUUACACAACAGAGUAGAGUCGGCUAAUAGCCAUGCCAUUGUAUCUUCGAUAAAGGAAGAGAUGUGUCAUACUUCCCUCAAUAAUAACGGGAAUCGUAGUUUAAAACUACUAGAGAUACAGGAUGACCAGAGUUUAUCAUACACAAUACUGAGAAAAGAUUUUCUAAAGAUGAAGCUCAUUGGACAAUUCAACCUUGGAUUCAUCCUAGUAACACUUGAUGACAAUAACUUGUUUAUUAUUGAUCAGCAUGCAAGCGAUGAAAAAUAUAACUUCGAAAGAUUAAACCAGGAGCUUUCGAUCAAGAUUCAAAGGUUGAUUGUCCCUCAGACAAUAGAGUUAAGUAUUAUAGAUGAGUUACUUGUUAUUGAACACGAGCAAAUAUUUAUGUCCAAUGGGUAUCAAUUCACUGUGGUCCUUGAAGCAAAACCAGGAUCCAGAAUAAGGUUGAACACUAUGCCAAGUUCGCGUGGCGUCGUAUUUGACUUGAACGAUUUCCAGGAGCUUAUCAACCUCGUCAACACUAAUCCACGAAACAAGAACUUGAAAUGCUCUAAGAUCCGGAACUUACUAGCAAUGAGAGCCUGUCGCUCAAGUAUUAUGAUUGGCCAGCCGUUAACCCGCGGGAGAAUGACUAAAGUUGUUCAGAAUUUAAGUCAACUAGAUAAACCUUGGAAUUGUCCUCAUGGCCGGCCGACAAUGAGACAUCUAGUAGAGUUCGACCAUUGGAGAGACAAUCGUGUAGACUAUGAGAUAUAA